CACUCUUGGCUGCAUUUGGGGCUGAAGGUCCCUGUGGGAGGCUGUUUUCUGAGGGAGCUGAGUGUUUACAGCCACUCAGCCCUGCUCCGCUCAGCUGAAGCAGAAAACAGAGACCUUUUGCAUUACUUUGGUUCAAGAGCAAGACAGGAGGCGACCGCAUGAGACCAUGGCUGAGACACCUAGUCCUCCAGGCACUGAGGAACUCCAGGGCAUUCUGUGGGUCUCAUGGGCAACCAGCACCUCUACCUGUUCCUCAGAAGAUCGUGGCCACCUGGGAAGCCAUCAGCCUGGGAAGGCAGCUGGUGCCUGAGUACUUCAACUUCGCCCAUGAUGUGCUGGAUGUGUGGAGUCGGCUGGAAGAGGCUGGACACCGCCCCCCAAAUCCUGCCUUCUGGUGGGUCAAUGGCACAGGAGCAGAGAUCAAGUGGAGCUUUGAGGAGCUGGGGAAGCAGUCCAGGAAGGCAGCCAAUGUGCUGGGGGGUGCAUGCGGCCUGCAGCCUGGGGACAGAAUGAUGCUGGUACUCCCACGGCUCCCGGAGUGGUGGCUGGUCAGUGUGGCUUGCAUGCGGACAGGGACUGUGAUGAUUCCAGGUGUCAAUCAGCUGACGGAGAAGGACCUCAAGUACCGGCUGCAGGCGUCCAGGGCCAAGUCCAUUAUCACCAGUGACUCCCUAGCUCCAAGGGUGGAUGCCAUCAGUGCCGAAUGCCCCUCCCUCCAGACCAAGCUGCUGGUGUCAGACAGCAGUCGGCCAGGCUGGUUGAACUUCAGGGAACUCCUCCGGGAGGCAUCUACAGAGCACAACUGCGUGAGGACAAAGAGUCGAGACCCGCUGGCCAUCUACUUCACCAGCGGAACCACCGGGGACCCCAAGAUGGUCGAGCACUCCCAGAGCAGCUACGGACUGGGUUUUGUGGCCAGCGGAAGACGGUGGGUGGCCUUGACCGAAUCGGACAUCUUCUGGAACACGACUGACACUGGCUGGGUGAAGGCAGCCUGGACUCUCUUCUCUGCCUGGCCUAAUGGAUCUUGCAUUUUUGUGCAUGAGCUGCCCCGAGUUGAUGCCAAAGUUAUCCUGAAUACUCUCUCCACAUUCCCGAUAACCACCCUCUGCUGUGUCCCAACCAUCUUUCGGCUGCUUGUGCAGGAGGAUCUGACCAGGUACCAGUUUCAGAGCCUGAGGCACUGUCUGACCGGAGGAGAGGCCCUCAACCCUGAUGUGAGAGAGAAGUGGAAACGCCAGACCGGUGUGGAGCUGUAUGAAGGCUAUGGCCAGUCUGAAACGGUUGUCAUCUGUGCCAAUCCAAAAGGCAUGAAAAUCAAGUCUGGAUCCAUGGGGAAGGCGUCCCCACCCUACGAUGUGCAGAUUGUGGAUGAUGAGGGCAACGUCCUGCCUCCUGGAGAAGAGGGGAAUGUUGCCAUCCGUAUCAGACCCACCCGGCCCUUCUGUUUCUUCAAUUGCUAUUUGGACAAUCCUGAGAAGACAGCUGCGUCAGAACAAGGGGACUUUUACAUCACAGGGGACCGAGCUCGCAUGGACAAGGAUGGCUACUUUUGGUUCAUGGGAAGAAACGACGAUGUGAUCAAUUCUUCAAGCUACCGGAUCGGGCCUGUUGAAGUGGAAAGUGCCCUGGCAGAGCAUCCGGCUGUCCUGGAGUCGGCUGUGGUCAGCAGCCCAGACCCCAUCAGGGGAGAGGUGGUAAAGGCAUUUAUAGUCCUUACUCCAGCCUACUCCUCUCAUGACCCAGAGGCACUAACGCGGGAACUCCAGGAACAUGUGAAAAGGGUGACUGCUCCAUACAAAUACCCCAGGAAGGUGGCCUUUGUUUCAGAACUGCCAAAGACGGUUUCUGGAAAAAUCCAAAGGAGUAAAUUGCGAAGUCAGGAGUGGGGGAAAUGAGGUGCAACCCCAGGAAGGCCCCGUAGACCUCCGAAGACUCCACGAGAAACUAAUGGAUCACUGGUCAGCCCCCAUGGGGAGCAUCAUCUCUUCAACCCUAAAGAUGUCAAAGGUGUGCAGCUUCCAAACGGCAUCCCCAGGAUCACUGGGCAAUGCUGGAAAGAGCAAAAGAAUAUCAUUGGCCCUGACCACAUAGAUGCUGCGCCGCCUAGCAAAUGCUUGGUGGUUCGACUUCUCCCUCUGUCUGGGGGCAGCCUUAGCAUCUGCCCACUGGUCUCACUAAGAGCUUUCAGAUUUCCCUCCACAGGACAGGUUACCAUAGACUUGGGGCACUUGUGGGUACUCAUUCUCUGCCAGUGGGAAUGUAAAGGCUUCAUCCUUUGUAUGCAACCAUUUGGCAAAAGUAUGCAGGAACGUAAAAUAAAAUAUCCUUUAGCUCAGAAAUUCUAUCUUCGGGAGUCACCACAAAAGAAAAAAAUCAAAAUGCAGAAAAUGUGUGGUGCACUAAGAUGAUCACACAGCAUUAAAACUAAAAAAAAAAAAAGAAAAAAUUAACAAUUAACAUCCAAACAACAAGGAAAUGAUUAACAAAAUUGUAGUAGAUUAACUCAAUAACAUAUGAUGUAGCCACUAAAAUAUUUGAGAGCAGUUUAGUAUGUCUUGGGAAAAGUGUAAGCUAUAUUAAUUUUAAAAAUCAGAGCAAAAAUAUUCAUACUGGAGAAUCCCAACUCUGAAAAAUAAAGGGAAAACUGUAGUUAAUUGUAAUCCUCCUGGAGAUUGAGGAGGGAGGGAGAGAAAAUAAUGGAUGGUAGUUUUUCUUCUUCCUUUUUCACUACAUUUCUGUAUUUUCCAAGUUUUGUACUAAGCACAUAGAACUAUUUUAAUGAAGAAGUUAUGUUAAAGAAAGCACAUUCUGCUUCAUGUCUAGUUCUUCCUCCACAUACUCAUACAUCAACCCCAAAGACUGCUGUAUUAUGUCUGUAUUAGUCAGCAUUCUCCAGAGAAGGAGAAGCAAUAGGACAUAUUUAGACACAGGAGAGGGGAUUUAUGAUGGGAAUUGGCUCACUCGAUUUUGGAGGCUGAGAAGUUCCACAAUCUGCCAUCUGCAUGCUGGAGAUCCAGGAAACCCUGUGGUAUAAUUCCAUCUGAGUCCAAAGGCCUGAAAACCAGAAGAGCCAAUGGUAUAACUCCCUGUCCGAGUGCAAAGGAUCGAGAACCAGGAGCUUCACCGUCUGAGGACAAGAAAACACAGAUAUUCUAGCCCAAAAGGAAGGAGCAAAUUCCUCUUUUCUCCUUUUUCUCCUCGUCAUGCCCUAAUGGAUUGGAUGAUGCCUGCCCACGUGGGUGAGGGCAGAUUUUCUUAGUCUAUGGCUCUAUCUCUAAUAUCACCUGGAAACACCUCCCAGAGACACCCAGAAGUAAUGUUCACAGCUAUCUGGGGACUCUUAACCCAGUCAAGUUGACACCUAACAUUAACCAUCACAAUGUCUUAUCCAGGAGGGGCAUAAAGACGUGCAGCCACGGCUCAGGCCUGCAAACAGGAAAGGGUGGUUCUGGGAGCAACCCUGGAGGAAAAGCAGCAGAUGGAAACUGAAGCAAUCCCUGUGCUGCUGACCCCACCCCCAGCACCUCCACACCCUCCAGGGAAAAUUCAGUGAGCACCUACUCAGUACUGAGCUCUGAGACUGCAGUGAUACACCAAAGCCAGCCUAGUCCCUACCUAUGUGAGUUUUCUGGGGCUGCCAUAACAAAGUACAACAGACUGGGCCAUUUAAACAACAGAAAUUAAUGUCCUCACCGUUGUGGAGGCCGGAGGUCUAGGAUCAGGGGUUGGCAAGGUUGGUUUCAUUCUGAGGAUGUUUCCUUGGUUUGUAGAUCGCCGACUUCUCCCUCUGUCUUCACGUGGUCUUUCUUCUGUGCAUGUGUGUCUGGGGCCCAAUCUCCUCUUCUUCUAAGGACACCUAUCAUGUCAGAUUGGAUUAGGGCCCACCCUCAUGACCUCACUUUAACUUAAUCACCUCUUUAAAAACCUUGUCUCCAAAGACAGUCACGAUCUGAGGUACUGGGAGGAACUGGGGUAUCUGGGGUUAGGACUUCAACAUAAGAAUUUGGGGAAACACAUUUCAGCCCAAACCCUUGUGGAGUUUAGUCUAGUAGGAAGGUCAUUAUUAUUUAUCACAGAAUAAUGCAAGUAAAUGUACAAUUGUAAUGCCAUGAAGAAAAGAAUACAUUUAAGACACAGACUGGAGAAACUGAUCAAGACUCAGGGGACUGAGGGUAUCAGGGAGGCUUCUAUAAGAAAGUCCCUGGACUGGGUGCAGUGGCUGAUGUCUGUAAUCCCAGCACUUUGGGAGGCUGAGGCGGGUGGAUCACCAGAGGUCAGGAGUUCGAGACCUGCCUGGCCAACAUGGUGAAACCUCGUCUCUACUAAAAAUACAAAAAUUAGCCGGGUGUGGUGGUGUGCACCUGUAAUUCCAGCUGCUCGGGAGGCUGAGGCAAGAGAAUUGCUUGAACCCGGGAGGCAGAGAUUGAAGUGAGCUGAGAUCAUGCCACUGCACUCCAGCCUAGGUGACAGAAUGAGACUUCAUAAAUCGGCUCUGUCUAGGCAGUGGGCAAGGUGAACCCACUGAGCAGUUACAAUUCCCUUCCAUCAAGCCCACCUGCUGGCUUUAUCAGCAGCCUUUUGUCAUACACAGGCUGGAGGUGAGUGAAGCUCCAAAGUCAAGUUGGGAUUACUUCUGAGCAUGUCAUGUAACACCCUCUCAUUAAACGGUGGUUAUCUGUUACCCUGGUCUCCACUUGGAGCUUCAGCCAAGAUUCUGAGACAACAGAGGAAGUCCCAUUUAACAUUCUCUUCCAUGGGUGUCAUAGCUCAUUGCUAUUGCUUAUUAUUUUAGGUUUGUUUUGCCUGUCUUUCCUAGUAGAUUGUGGACUCUUCUAGAUCAUAGGCUAGAUGAUAGUCUUGUCUGUCUUCCCAGUGCCAAUAUCAGGACCUGCUGCCUAGUAAAUUGGCAGUAAAUAUCAGUAAAUAGUCAUUGAAUGAAUGACUGAAUGAAUGAAAAAUAAGAUACUAAUUGAGGGGAAUAGGCAGCUGAAGAGGCGUCAAGGAAGAAUUACACCCGAAGACCGUUCACCUCUUUUUUCUUUCCAAAUGAAUAUAUCUGUUUCUUUUCUUGAGUGCUGAAAAAUUCUUAAUAGAAACCUAACAGUUCUAUCUUGUACACAGGCAGGUGACUUUCCCUCUCUAGGCCUCUUUUUCCACAUCUCUCUAUUGGGGACUGGAGUGUAAUACUAGACCUACUUUCCCCAGCCUUUCCAUUGCUGUGGACUCCUUUCUAUCAUUCUGCCAUCAUGUUUGGAAAGAUUUUCUCUCAAAGUUCAUACUUCUUCCAAUCCACUAUGUCCAUCAGAAUUUGAGGUGGUGACAGCUUUUAUUGAGUAAUGAUGCUUGUAUGUUAGCUAUUAAUUUUAUUUUAUUUUUCUUGUUUCAGUUUUUAUCUUGGUUUUGAUAAAUAAUCCUUAGCUAGAAAGGGCCUAACCUCCUAUUGUGCAAUGUGGUAAAUCACAGCAACAACUUUUGGUUUUUUCUUUUUAGAGGGAGUCUCACUCUGUCACUCAGGUUGGAGUGAGGUGACAUGGUCUGGGCUCACUGCAACCUCUGCCUCCCGGGUUCAAGCGAUUCUCCUGCCUCAGCCUCCCGAGUAGCUGGGACUACAGGCAUGCACCACCAUGCCCAGCUAAUUUUUUUAUUUUUAGUAGAGAUGGGGUUUCACCAUGUUGGCCAGACUGGUCUCAAACUCCUGAUCUCAAGUGAUCCACCCACCUCGGCUUCCCAAAGUGCUGGGAUUACAGGCGUGAGCCACCAUGUCCAGCCUCACAAGCAACAUCUUUAAUGUAAGGAGAGAAUCAAGGAAGUCUAGGACAUGCCAAGAUGGGAGCACUGAUCCUUUCAUUUCAGGGUUUCUGCCUGAGAAUCCACAGCUCACCUUAUACACUUCCAGUAAUAAAGAUGAAGAGGAUUAUGAGGGUGGUGGUAGUGAUGAUGAUGAUAGUAAACCACUACCACUGGUUGAGCUCUUUCUUAACUGUUGAACUUCACUGUGGGCUUACUAGACAUUAUCUCAUUUAAGCCCCACAAAAAGCAAUAAAGUAGGUAUCUUUCAUUCAUCCCUUCAUUUAGCAAAAAAUGAUUCUAUUCCUACUCUGUACUCAGCACAGUUCUAGGCACUGAGGAUACAGCAGUGAAUGAAAGAGACAGAAACCGCUGACUUCUGGAAAUGGCAACCUAGUGAAAAGAGAGAUAACAAACAAAGAACUAUUAGGUUGGUACAAAAGCAAUUGUGGUUUUUGCCAUUCCUUUUGAUGGUAAAAACCGCAAUUACUUUUGCACAAAUCUAAUUUUAAAAAUUAGAGUAUGUCGGACAGUGUCAGUGCUAAGGAGGAAAAUAAAGUACAAGUAGUGAAUAGGGACUACGGAAUGGUGGUGCAGGAUUUUAAAUAGGGUAGCCAGGAAGGGGUUUGCGAAGACCACGUUUGAGCAAACCGAAAGGUGAGGGAGUGAGCUGUGCAGAUGUGGGGGUCAGGGAGGACACUGUCCCAGAGACAGAAGAGCAGGUUCAAAGGCCCUGAGACAGAAACAAUCGCCUGGUGAUCCCCAUUUUACAGAAGAGAGAUCUGAGGCUCAGAAAGAUGGAGUCACUCAUCCAAACUUGCACAGCUGUAAGUGGCAGAGCUGGGAUUCGAAUGCCAGGCCCGAUACCACCAAAACCUGCAUUUGUUUCUCAUUUUCUCAUAUUUUUCAAUUCAGACACUGAGGAUGUAGGCGUUGGGGCAUCGGCAGAGUGGUUAAGAGCUAGACGUGAUGUGAACCAGACCUGGGUUCAGGUUUUGUGGUGCCACUUACCUCCUUGCGUGCCUGACUUGAACUGUCUGAGCCUCAGUUUCCACAUGCUGAAUUGGGGAUAAUAAUAGAUAACUGCUGGGGUUAUAGAGGUGGUUGAACGAAACACCUGCACAGUUUGUGGCACACUAAAUGCUCUCUCAAUAAAUGUGUUUUUGUUGUUGUUUGGUU